AUGUCUCAUAAUAGUGUCUCAUUGCUUGCGGAAGGCUUAAUAUAUCCCAAACUGCACUACGGUCCUUAUGCCCGUGAUUGGUGGUCACCUCGACCAUCUAAUGAUAAAGACAUUUCAGUUUCUGUCCUGUAUCGACUAUAUAUGCAUAUUAGUUUUGUUCUUAACCAGCAUCAAUUUUUUAUUAGGGUUGUUAAAAGUGAAGAAAACCAAUUACAGCCUGG